UUCCUCACCAAGGCCCGGUCCUCUUUGGGACGCGGCAGUGUGACUAGCUCUCCCCGGGCAGUAAACUUGUUCCUGUGAGAGGGAAAUUGAUUAAGCCCAAGUGUGUGUUGCACUUUUCAGGGCACCCAGGCGCAUGAAAGCUCCAGUGGACUCUCCUGGAAAGGAGAACAUGCCCCCCAAGUCUCUUUGCAACCUCUCCCAGACCGCGGACGAGAAUCCCAGCGGCUUGGUUCCCGGGGUGUAUGAGCGGGACUUCCUGCCCGCCUCCGACGGGACCAGCGCCAAGUUCGCGAUCCGCUGGGUGAUCCCGUCCCUCCACCUGCUCAUCAUCACCGUGGGCUUGCUGGGCAACAUCGUGCUGGUGAAGAUCUUCAUCACCAACAGCGCCAUGAGGAGCGUCCCCAACAUCUUCAUCUCUAACCUGGCCGCCGGGGACUUGCUGCUGCUGCUCACCUGCGUCCCGGUGGAUGCCUCGCGCUACUUCUUUGAUGAGUGGAUGUUCGGGAAGGUGGGCUGCAAACUGAUCCCGGUCAUCCAGCUCACCUCCGUGGGGGUUUCCGUGUUCACUCUCACUGCCCUCAGCGCCGACAGGUACAGAGCCAUUGUCAAUCCCAUGGACAUCCAGACGUCCGGAGCGGUGCUGCGGGCCUCUGUGAAGGCGGUGGGGAUCUGGGUGGUCUCCGUGCUGCUGGCGGUUCCGGAAGCCGUGUUUUCGGAAGUGACGCGCAUCGAUAGCUUGGAAGAUGGCAACUUUACGGCAUGUAUACCCUACCCUCAGACGGAUGAAUUACACCCAAAGAUUCAUUCAGUGCUCAUCUUCUUGGUCUAUUUCCUCAUACCACUUGCUGUUAUUAGCGUUUAUUAUUAUCAUAUUGCAAAGACCUUAAUUAAAAGUGCACAUAAUCUUCCUGGAGAAUACAAUGAACAUACUAAAAAACAGAUGGAAACACGGAAGCGCCUGGCUAAAAUUGUGCUGGUCUUUGUGGGCUGCUUUGUCUUCUGUUGGUUUCCAAAUCACAUUCUCUACAUGUACAGGUCUUUCAAUUAUAAUGAGAUUGACCCGUCUCUAGGCCACAUGAUUGUCACCUUACUUGCCCGUAUUCUGAGCUUUUGCAAUUCUUGUGUCAAUCCAUUUGCUCUUUAUCUACUCAGCAAAAGCUUCAGGAGGCAUUUCAAUAGCCAGCUCUGCUGUAGGAGGAAGUCCUAUCAAGAGAGAUCAACCAGCUACCUUCCCAGCUCUUCUGCAGUGCGUAUGACAUCUCUGAAAAGCAAUGCUAAGAACAUGAUGACCAAUUCAGUUUUACUAAAUGGGCACAGCAUGAAGCAGGAAAUGGCAUUGUGAUUUGAGCCAUUUGGUGGAAAGAACUUACUCACCUUUCUAUCUCUGUUGAGUGAGCAGAAAGAAACAAUUUCCUCAUUCUUACUAUUUCUCAGCUAAUUCAUGAGGUGAUUUCAGGACUGACUCAGAAAAGGCAAGACAAACACAGCUAGCAUUCUUCUCUGAACAGGACUUUAAAUUACAUUGAAAAAUGUAUAGCUCACAUUAAAAGUCAUCCAAGAUGCAGUUCUACAUGUGUAUAAAUUAAUAU